CGCGGCUUGGGGAAGUCCUUGCGUUACCGGCGUGCGGGGAUGACGGAGGCGGAAGUGGUUUGAGGAGGAUGUAGCGGCGCUGACAGCGGCUGUGGCGCCGCGAUCUCCCCGCCCCUGCAGCCAGCCGGCCCCGCCAUGGAGGUUCAAGAUGCUGGGCAAGAGAUGGUGGCGUCUUCUGUCACACCAGGAUCAGGCAAAUCAAAGCUGGACACAUUGCCCAAAGAAGAUCUCAUCAAGUUUGCAAAAAAGCAAGUGAUGCUUAUACAGAAAGUGAAGUCAAGAUGCACAGAACUAGAGAAAGAGAUUGAAGAACUCAGAUCUAAAGCAGCUGCUGGCGGAGCUGAUGAUAUUAUUCAGGCUCUCACAGAAAGACUGGAUGUUGUACUUCUGGAAAAAGCUGAAAGUCAGCAGCAGUGCGUAGCUCUGAAAAAAGAAAAUAUUCAAAGAAAGCAAGAAGUAGAGGCUGCAGUGGCUAAGACAGAAGAAUUGCAGAAGCAACUGGAGGAAUCGAAUAUUGACUCUCUGAAAGAAAUAAAAGCUUUGAAGAGUGAAUUAGCAAAUGCCCAAUGCAAACAUGAUGAGGACUUAACAAAGCUGAAAAUGGAAUUAGAGGAACAAGUGAAGAAAGAAAUGGGGCUGGUAGAACAGAUUGAAUGUCUUAGCGAUAGUCAAAAAGAAGUUGAAAGAUUGCAAGAAGAUGUCCAAAGGAUUAAAUCUACUUAUGAGGAGCAAAUUUUGUGUCUGAGCAAGCAGUUGGAAACUCUAAAUGAAGACAAAAACAAAGAAGUAACAAAUCUGCAAGAAACUAUUAGAAGCAACUCACAGUGUUACCAUAAUGAAAUCAAAAAUCUGAAUGAAGAGCUUAAAAAAUUAAAAAUUGCCCAUCAGGAAGAGGUGUCAGAGUUGAUGCAUCGAAUUGAAAUAUCAUCUAAAGAAAAUGAAGAAAAGCAAAAUCAGAUACAUCAGUUACAGCAUAAUUUGGCAGAGGAGAGCUUAAUAAAAGAGAAAAAUGCGAAGGAUGACAUGUGCGCUCGUACUGACCACCAUGGAUAUGACUUGGAGCAGCUGAGAGAAGUCUUAAAUAAAAAUGUAGGAAACAACAUAGAUGUUGUAGCUACACCAGAGGAACCUUGUGUAGAAGCAAAAAUGGAAGAAAAAGUUAGGCACCUGGAGCAUAGUUUAGAAGAGCUCCAGUCACAACAUAGUAUAUUAAAAGAUGAGUUAACUUACAUGAGUAAUGUUAAACUAAAACUGGAGGAGGAAAUCCAUCGCAUAAAGGAUGAGUACUUUCAUGAGCGGGAAGACUUGGACUUUAAGAUAAAUGAAUUACAGCUUACUAAAGAAGAUUACUGUUGUGUAAUUGAAAAACUAAAAUUGGAGCUUCAAGCAGCAAGACAGGACUCUGAAACCACUGUAAAACAGCAUAAGUUAGAGACUCAAACUCUGAAAGAGCAACAUAAAAGAGAAAUUUCUGAACUAAAUGAAACUUUAUUAUCUGAUUCUGAAAAAGAGAAGAUGGCAUUAAUUUUUGAAAUGCAGGAACUUAGAGAGCAACUUGAAAAGCUAACCCAGGAGAAAGAAGAAGCAGUGUCCAAUUACAAUAGCCUGAGAGAAACAAUGGAAACUCUACAGACUGAGCUAGGGGAAUCAGCUGGGAAGAUCAGCCAGGAGUUUGAAUCAAUGAGACAACAGCAAGCCUCUGAUGUCAGUGAACUGCAACAGAAACUCCGGGCUGCUUUCAAUGAAAAGGAUGUUCUUCUUGAAACUGUGAAUCGUCUCCAGGAAGAAACAGAAAAAUUGUCAUCUAAUCAGCUAGAGAUAGAAGAACUUAAAUGUAAAAUUGUUAGUCUUCAGGAGGAGAAUAAUGCAAUAACAAGCUCCAUGGACCAAAAAGAGACUGCUAUAAAUGAACUGGAAGAUAAGAUUGUUGCUCUUACUGAUCAAAACAAGGAUAUUUUAAAUGAAGUAAAAUGCUUGGGUGAAGAGAGAGAAACCCUUCAGGAAAGGUGUAAGCAAGAUCAAGGAAAAAUUCAGGACCUUCAGCAAGAAGUAGGUGUUGCCAACCAGUACAAUAGUGACCUGAGGAAAAAGGUGGAGGAAUUAACAGAGAAACUGAACGAAGCUUUAACUAGCAAGAGUGAAAAUGCUCAAACGCUAGAACAACUGGAAAACCAGAUUGAAUCUCUGAUGCGUGAAAAAGAGCACCUUUCCUCUGAAGCAUAUAUUCUACGUGAGGAAAAUAAGAAAAUCAUUCAGGAAAAAGGUGAAUUAAGUGAAAAGCUGGAAAAAAUUACAUCUGAAAAAGAUGGUUGGUUAGUGUUGAAAGAGCAGUCUGAAAACUUAGAAAAGAAACUACAAAUGACAACUGCAGAAAAAAACCAUAUUUCAACAUUACUUGAAAGUGAACAAGCACACAGGUCCCUUGUAAGAAUGCAGCUCUGCCACUUACUUGAGCAAGUGGGGUCCAGUGUUUCAGAUUCUAAUGAAGAAUGUGAUUCUCUUAACUUGUUAGAAAUUGCAAAUGAAUGCUUGUUAAAAAUGAAAGAAGAGCAAUGCCUUGCUCUACAGAAUAAGGAGGAAGUUCUGCAUUUGCAGCGGGAAGUUGAGAGACUACAGGAAGAAAAUGCAGCUCAAUAUACAGAACAUAGAUCCCUGAUUCAGGAUUUUGAAAAAGAAAAGGAUCACUUGAGAGAAGAAUUGGAAGCAGUGUUGUCUGAAAAAGAAGCACUUCAACAUGAUAUCCAGGAGCUGAAGAAUGCCAGUGAAAAAACAAGGACUGAAAAUCAAGAUCUUUUAGCUAAUGUUGAAGAGAUCACUCAAAAACUUGCUUUUUAUGAAAGUCAAAUACAAGAACAGCAAAAAGGAUCAGAAAAGCAAGACGACUUAAGUUUCAUUCUGGAACAAAAGGAAACUGAACUUAGAAAUGUGAAAGACGAACUGAGUUCUCUAAAGAACUUAAUGGAGGCAGUGACUGAGAAAACUGAUCAACAGUCUUCAGUAGCAGAGCUUCAAGAACAAAUUGGAAGGCUGGAAAGAGAAUCUGCAGAAAAAGGAGAGAAGCUAAAUAAAAUUAAGGUUGUUGCUGUGAAAGCAAAGAAAGAAUUAGAUGCCAGCCGAAAAGAGAUGCAGGCUCUGAGGGAAGAAUUGGAGUUGGUUCGAUCAGAAAAAGAUCAGUUGUCUGCUUCAAUGAAAGAUGUCAUUCAAGGAGCUGAAAGCUAUAAGAAUCUUUUGAUGGAAUACGAUAAGCAAGGAGAACAGCUGGAUUCUGAAAAAGGCAGAGCAAAUAAUCUUGAACGUCAGAUAGAUGACCUCACAAGACAGCUACAGGUGUCAUCCCAGCAGCAUGAUCAGUUACACUCUGCUAAUGAAGACCUCCUGGCUCGUGUUGAAACACUGCAAUACAAUGCUAAGCUGCUGGAAACUCAGAUACUGGAGAUACAAAGAGCCAAGGCAAAGGCUGACAAAGAACUAGAAGCUGAAAAGCUUCUAAAAGAACAGAAAACAAAGGAACAUAGCAGUGCUCUCCGAGAAAUGGAAGAGCUUCAGUUGCAACUUCAGAAGGAAAAGAAACAGCUACAGAAAACUAUGCAAGAACUAGAGCUGGCCAGAAAGGAUGCUCAAAAGAGUACACUGAUGGAUAUGGAAAUAGCUGAUUAUGAAAGGUUAGUAAAAGAACUUAAUCAGAAGAUUACUGAUAAAGACAGCAGAAUAGAAGAUCUCGAGCAAGAGACAGGGAUUCAGAAACAGAAGCAAGAGACCCUACAGGAAGAAAUAAAGUCACUUCAGUCAACUCUGCAACAGGAUGAGGAAAGAAAUGCCAAGAUAAAACAACUUCUGGUGAAAACCAAAAAAGAACUGGCUGAUUCAAAACAAGCUGAAAAUGACCAUCUAAUGUUGCAGGCAUCAUUAAAAGGGGAACUGGAAGCCAGUCAACAACAAGUGGAAGCCUACAAGAUUCAAGUGGCUGGACUAACAUCAGAAAAGCAUAAAGUUCAAGAACACCUGAGAACUUCUUCAGAGCAACACCAGCGUACAUUGAGUGCUUACCAGCAAAAAAUCGUAACCUUGCAAGAAGAGUGCAGAGCAGCCCAGGCUGAACAAGCAUCUGUUACAUCUGAAUUCGAGAGCUACAAAGUCCGUGUUCAUAAUGUUCUAAAACAGCAAAAGAAUAAAUCUGCUUCUCAGACAGAAUCUGAGGGAGCCAAACAAGAAAGAGAACAGUUGGAAAUGGUGAUAGAUCAACUUAAAGUUAAGCUGCAAGAUGCUCAGCAUAAUUUACAGAUGAAUGCGUCUGAACUCCAGACAUUGCAGUCUGAACACGACACCCUGCUGGAAAGGCACAAUAAGAUGCUGCAAGAGACUGUUGCAAAAGAGGCAGAACUCCGUGAAAAGCUCUGCACGAUACAAUCUGAGAACAUGGUCAUGAAAACGGAGCAUGCCCAGACUUUGAGUCAGCUGACAGCCCAGAACGAAGCUCUACGGAACAAUUUCAGAGAUCAAGUCAGGAACCUGCAAGAAGAGCACAGGAAGACGGUAGAGACACUUCAGCAGCAAUUGUCCAGAGUAGAAGCUCAGCUCUUCCAACUCAAGAGUGAACCAAGCACUAGAGGUCCAGCUGUUUCAAAUCCAGCAACGAAGAACUUAAGAGAACGGCGAAACACUGACCUUCCUGUUCUCGAUGUGCACGCUGUAGCUAGGGAAGAGGGAGAAGGUAUGGAAACAACGGACACAGAGUCUGUCUCUUCAGCCAGCACCUAUGUACCAUCCUUGGAACAACUUCUGAACUCCCCGGAAGCAAAAUUUGAACCAUCUCAGUGGCAAACAGAACUCACCAAGGAUGAACUGAUUCAGAAACUAAACACAACAGCGAAGAGUGCUGAUCAUUUGAAUGAAUUACUUCGUGAAUCAGAAGCAACCAAUGCCAUCCUAAUGGAACAAAUAAAGCUUCUUAAGAAUGAAGUAAGAAGAUUGGAAAGAAAUCAAGAGAGAGAAAAGUCUGUGGCUAAUCUAGAAUACUUGAAGAAUGUUCUAUUGCAGUUCAUAUUUCUAAAAUCAGGAAGCGAGAAAGAAAGGCUGCUCCCAGUGAUAGACACCAUGCUGCAGCUCAGCCCUGAAGAGAAGGGGAAGCUAGUUGCAAUUGCCCAAGGUGAGGAAGAGAGUACCUCACGGCCCUCUGGGUGGGCUUCAUACCUCCACAGCUGGUCAGGACUUCGAUGAGACAGUGGAAACACUGAAUCUUUAAACACAUUCCACAGUUGCAAAAAGAGAAAUCUUAGAAUAGGAGAACAAUCUGUUGGUAUUGUAGCAUUGAACUACAGGUUUUUAUUUCUGUGCGUUGUUUUCAGCUUUUUAGGCUCUUCUAAGAAAGAAGCCCUCAGUAGCUCUGAAAGACUGUCCUGUGUUAUGCUCUGACAGCAGCGCACUAUUCCUCUUGUAAAUGUUAAAGCUGAUGAUCAGAAGUAUAAUGAGAAGUGACGAAUUAAUUGCAAAUUGCUUGGAAACAGAAUUUGACAAAUCUGUGAUUGCUCUUUUGAUAUUGAUUUAAAACUUGAUCUAAUAUAGUAACUGGAAUAACUAGACUUUAGACUUAAAGCAUUUUGAAGUGUUUACAGAUUCAUUCACAUAUUUUUGUCUGCUCGCUAAUCUAUACGGUUAGCGGUGUUGUCUGCACAUUGAAGGAAUUAAAAAGGAGUUAUUUCCUCUCUGGUGAUGCUUACAAAAUGUAAGAUCAUUAAGAAACAGAAAUGACAUUUUCUGCUUUGACUUGACUAAAUUUUUAGUCGUGGGUACUUUGUUUGCUUGGGAUUUUUUUUGUUGGUUUCCUUGUUUGUUUGUUUUUGGUGGGUUUUUUUUGCAAAAGCUGGAUUGAAAAUAUGAAGGCAAUAGUCCACAAAUUGUAGAGAGUGCCUAAAACGAUAUGAAAUAGAAUGCUUGGCACAUCUGGGGCAGUACUGUAGAAGAGAUAACGGCAUCUAUGCAAGUCUUGGGACAGUACUCCAAGAAUCAGAAGUCAUGAGUGAGCUGAAGCUUUGGGAGAAAGGGCUUAAGCUAUGGCUUUUUAACCUGAGGUUGGAAGUUUGCGUUCAAGACCAGCAAGAAAUGUUUCAUUACUGUAGUGAUGUCUGUACUUAGAUUAAAAGACUACUCAUGCUGAGUUAGUCAUGCUGAAGACACUAAAGGAAGAAUCAGAGUCUGUAGGUCAGACUAGCAGUUACUUCUGAGAGAAAAGGACAGAGCUUCUGUCAAUAGACGCAUCUUUUAAAUGUUCUAAUGAUUGAAGAUGUUAGACCCUUCUCUCACUUCUCUGUGUUUGCACAUGUCACUUGCACAAAUCUUUUGCACAGAUGAAUAAUCUGAAACAGAGAUUAACUCAACAGAAUGUUUGGUUUUCUUCAAGAAAAAUAAAUCUCAGCCAUAGAGUUACUUGUGUUAUCAACACAGCACCUUUUUGUAGUUUCAGUCUUCUUUUCCCCUUUCACCAUCUUAAUUUAUUUGUAAGUUAUUAAAAUGCCUACACAUGGUUUUAAACUCUGCUUACCUUUUAACCAGAGUUUUACCAUCUUUUUCAUGCAUGUUUUCAUGCUUUCUGUGCUGUUUUGCAAAGGAUUAUUCCCUGGUGUACAUACUAAUAGUAUUCUUCCCUUCUUGUCUUACUUAAGGCCCUGAGGAAAUGAUGCUCAUUCCUUUAAUAUUGCCUUAUUCGGGGCUGAGAUUAAUCUGGACAUAAGAACAGCAGGAAGGCAGCACAUGUUGAAAAUAAACUGUUCAGUAACUGUGCUUUUUUGGUUUAAUUUUUUGCUUUUUGUAUAUGUUGCAGUACCCAGUCAAUAAAGCCAACAGGGUUUAUUUAAAUAUUUUAAUUCCUUUCCACAGUCUUAAGCACCUUUUGUUUUUCUUUCUUCCUUCCUUUCCUUCCUUUUCCCCCUUCAAAUAUGUGUUUUAACUGGAAUCUUUAUGGUUUGUGCUACCAAUGAAAACAUUCUGUGUGGACUUUCAGAUCACAGAACUGAGAAACGGUAGUGUGGGGAUGAGUCUUUUAGUUGUCUGUAGCUUGGAAGUGUAGAUAGCAAACAUGAGGCUAUGUUUAGGCUUUCUUGCUUUUGCUUUUGAAAUGAUUGCCAUAUCUUCAACAUUUAUGAUUUGCUCCAGAUCUCGGAUAUUGAAUUCUAACUUCUUAUUCACAGCUGGAUUUGGUUAACAUCACUCAAAAGAAUGCUAAAACAGAGCGACAGGAGAGAUUUGAAAUAUGCAUAAAAAUAAGUGCAAGUCACUCUCCUGCUGUGCUUUUAACAAUGGAAGCACAUGAGUGGAAGGGUAAGACUUUGUCUUACUUAGGUCAAACUCAGCAGCUGACCUGAUUUAGUCUCUACUGCAUGAUGUCUGCUCAACUAUCGCUAAAGAGCUGUGACAAGUUCCUUAUAAAAUGCACAUAUUUCAGAACUGUAGAUUAUUUAACAUUGUAAGCUGUGAAUAAAUGUAUGCAAGUAACAGUAUCACUGGGUCUAUUAAAUACCAGCUGCUUAUUGACUUGUUCCAAAUCUGAGUUGCAUGCUCACUGUUCUUAGUAAAACUCAAGUAUUGUACUUAUGAAUGUAGUAGUGGACAACUUGGAUUACUCUUCCAUUGUAAAAAAAAAAAAAAAAAAAAAAAUUAAGAUCUUAAUGUAAAAAUAUUUUAAGAACUGCUACUAAACUGUGUUCUGUUGCUGAGGUUGCUAGAACUUAUCUUUAUGGCAAUAAACUGUAAGCAAGUAUAUCAAAGUUUAAUACACACUUGCAGUAAAUGGUAUAGAAGAAUGUAGACUGGAAGCAGGAUUAUUUUGCAUAGAAAACUUUUUAUAUGUCAUAUUUGCAUUUGUAAUGUACAGCAUUGUAGCUGUGAUUUGCUUUCAAAAAGUAAUUUAAAGUUUGAACUGGUGUUGCUGCUUCUUGAUAUACGGUGGUGCUCUCUUUUGGAGGAGCACUGUGCUGACUUUGCUUUCUGGUUCUCUUGUUUUCUUUACAGUGCCAUAUGUGUUAGGAUGUUUCCCAGAAAAUAUAACCCCUGCCCAAAGAGUUUACAAGCUUAGGACCAAAUUUUACUCUUCUAUCAGCCUGCCCUCAGGCCAAGCCUAAGGAGGGCAUAAUAAAAUAAUAAUAAAAAAAAAAGACUCUACUGUCACUAUGUAGACUAUAUAUUAAUUAAAAACCAAAAGUGGGAAUGAUUCAGAGUUCCCAGGCCUGCAUCUGCACUGUGGCUGAAUUUUUAACUACCUAUGCUGACUUAGAAAUGGGUUAUAUGCCUUUCACGUUCCUUUUAUGCAGAAGGGAAACUCACCUGUGCAAGUGAAACAUGCUUGAAAGACAGGAAGACCAGAACUUGUCUGGCUGUAGUGUAGAUGUAGAUGAUUUGGGGUUCAGGAUGGCCAAAAGGAACCCAGGUUAGAAGUGAUAGAUGGGAGAGUAGAGUUGCUUUUUUUUUUUUUUUUUUUUUCUUUCGUGACCCUCCAGCCCCAAAGCAUAAUUGAGAGAAUACAUUGUUGGAUUAUUUUCUAAAUUUAAAUCUUCCUUGGGCUAUCACCCUCCAUCCUUUUGCUUUGAUAACAGACAUUAUAUCCUAGAAUUGUGGAAGAAUACUUAAAAACUCUCCUUAGUUUGUACUAAGUAGCUUUGAAGGCAGCUUAACCACCUAUGCUUCAUUUGGCUUAUGUCUUGGCUUCACCUGCUGCACCAAUACUUUCUCAACUACCUGAUAGUUAUCCUAUUACUGGUACUGUGAAAAUAUCUCCCUUAGGAGCCUUGCAAAUAGCAGUAACCACCCACAAGCUGAGAAACCAAAUGUAUGAAGAGGUAAAAAUAUAUUUAUUGUAGUCAUUUCAGAAUUGCUAGUCUGAAUAGAGAAAUGUUUUGGUUGGAAAUAUGUCUUUGAUGGCCUUUUCAUAUGGCCAUCACUUCAAUAAAAUUCACCUUUACCCAACAGAGUGCCUUUCUU